AUGGUUGAUGUUGCAUCUCUAAUCAGUGGUUUGAUUUCAAAUUUGACACCUCUGAUUAAGGAUGAAUUCUCGUUGUUUUGGAAUUAUAAGAAUGAUGUUCAAAAUCUAUCGAGCACGCUAUCUGCAAUUAAUGCCGUACUCAAAGAUGCUGAGAGAAAGACCAUGCAGGAGAAGGACGAACAAACGGGAGAUUGGUUGCGAAAACUUAAAGAUGUAUUGUAUGAAGUUCGGGACAUCAUGGAUGAGUGCACCUUUGAAGAUCUUCGUCUUCAAGUCAAAAGGCGUAAUGCCUCCUCUUCAACCCGGAUCAAGGUAAACAACUUUAUCACCCAUCCUUUUAGCAAUACUAAGAUGCGUCACAAAAUUGGUCACAAAAUUAAGGAUGUUCAAGAGAAGCUAGACCAAAUUUCUUCGGAGCGCCAAAAGUUACAUUUGCGUGAAUCUAUUCCAAACUCAAAAAUAGACAAGUUUACUAGUAGUUGGCGUGAAACAAUGUCUCUUUGUAGUAGUAAUCAAGUGUAUGGGAGAGAUAAGGAGAAGAAAGAGAUUAUUGAUAUUCUACUCAAUAAUACAUCUAGUGCUUCUAAAAAACUAUCUGUUCUGCCCAUUGUUGGAAUUAUUGGGGGUCUAGGCAAAACAACACUUUCCCAGAUGGUCUUCAAUGACGAUGAGGUUUCUAAGCAUUUUGAUACCAAACUCUGGGUUUGUGUUUCUAAUGAAUUUAACAUUAAGUUGGUGAUCAAAUCCAUCUUAGAAGAAGAAAAGGCAGAAGCUUCCUUAGAAGAAUUGCAGAAAAAAGUUAGAGAUAAAUUGAGAGGGAAAAGAUAUUUGAUUGUAUUGGAUGAUGUUUGGAAUGAAAAGAAAGAGGAAUGGGCUCAGUUGAGAUCUAUAUUAGAUUGUGGAUCAAAUGGUUCUUUCGUCCUUACCACGACACGUAAAAAGAGUGUGGCAACCAUAAUGAAAACAAUUGCCUAUUUUGAGUUACUGCCACUCUCUAACGAUGAUUGUUGGCUACUAUUCAAAGAACGUGCAUUUGAGAAUGGAAAACCAAAACAUCACAACUUCAUUAAUAUUGGUAAAGAAAUAGUUGGGAAAUGCAAGGGUGUUCCUUUAUUGGUCAAGGCAUUGGGAAGUCAACUGAGCUUUGGCGAGGACGAAAAAGAAUGGCGUAGAAUAAGAGAUAGUGAGAUAUGGGAGAUAUUCCUAAAUGAAGAAUCUGAUCUCUUGCCUAUUCUACAGUUGAGUUUCUAUGACCUCCCUUAUCAUCCGAGAAGAUGUUUUGUGUUUUGUGCUAUAUUUCCCAAGGAUACUGAAAUUGAAAAGGAGAGAUUAAUCCAAAUGUGGAUGGCCCAUGGUUUGAUUCCUACAUUAAAAAACCAAGAAUUGGAAGAUGUUGGGAAUGCAAUUUGGAAGGAGUUGUGCUGGAGAUCCUUUUUUCAAGAUGAAAAAGAGAACAAAGAUUGGGAUGAUAGAGUUUAUACAGCAGGUAUGAUGCAUGAUCUUAUGCACGAUCUUGCCCAAUCUUUAAUGAAAGAUGAAUAUUAUACGAUGGAUGCUAACAGCUCAAGUGAUGGGUUAGGAGAACAAAUUCGUCAUGUCACAGUAAAGGUUAAUGAGGUAGACAAAACAUCAGUUUGUUCUCUUAAAACAGUUGGAGGGCUGCAAUCAAUAAUGCUCCAUGGAAGAGAUAAUGGAGAUGCCGCAAAGGAGAUUUUGAGUGUCCUGAAGGAACUUCCGGCUUUACGUGUCCUUGAAGUAUGCUCUCUUGUGAAAUGUCAAUAUUUGUCUCAUGUGGGAAGUCUAAAACAUCUGAGAUACUUAGACAUUUCCGACUCUGAAUCUCAAUAA